CGAGAGCAUGUACACUUACCAUUGCAAAAUGUUGGAUAAAACACAAAUACUUGGAUUAAAUUUUCAAUUUUCUAUAAAACAAUGUCAUUUUUCCGCCAUAUUGACCAUAGAUAUUGACACAUCAGCUUGUUCUUCGCCGCCUGUGAUGUAUAUACAGUCAGCGGAAUACUGAGAUACUUCAUGUCCUCAUUCAACCUAGAGGCUUUGACUGUUUUGGUACGGUAUGUAUUUUCUUCUUCAAUUUAAUUUCAAAUUUUUAAUACAAAUUAUUCCACUUGGUUGGAUAAAGUUUUCAUGUUUAGUAGUUAGCAGUGGUGAGGUCAUACGGAGGGAGCCAGGGGGGGGGGGGCAGAGAGGGGCUUGGUACCCACAAAUUUGGCCAAAUUGCAACCAACUCACAGGCAUUCUUCAAUAGGGAUAAGGGUGACUGUUAGGGUUUUAUUAAAAGAUCAUGACACCAGAUUUCAAUUUUAUUGAUGUUACCCACAACGAAUGCCUGUGAGGUAGCUCUUGCAACUAAAGUUUAUCAAUUAUCAGUACUGAUGGAUUAUUAAUAAGUCAGUUAGUACAUGGCACUGGGCUCUAUAUAUAACUGGAAAGUCCCAUUACUAAACUAUAAUACACUAAACUAAAUUACAUAGCCAGCACCCUCCUGUGCUCAUUUCUCCAUAAUAAGUCAGUUCACUCAAACAUGUUUUAAAAUUUUAUGAGGGCCCCCUAUACCUCUUCACAAUAUGCUUUCACGUAAAAAUAUUUUGCCUUUUCACGAGUCACGGAUUAAGAAAAUCAUCAAUCACGUUUCACGGCUAAGUAAAAUAAGCCCUUCACGCAAAAAGUAUAGGGGGCCUGAUCACGUUUCACGGCUAAGUAAAACAAGCCCUUCACGCUUCACGCAAAAAGUAUAGGGGGCCCUCUUUUAUGCAUCACGCCCCUUCACCUGAAAUAUAGAGAACAGGCAUGUUAUCCAUAGCCCUGCCCCCCAAUUAGCCUGCGAACAGGCUCUCAAUUGAGAGCCUGUUCGCAGGCUACCCCCAAUAUGCCAACAUUGCAUCUGUGUGGAGUUCCUAUGCCUCAAUUUUCUUGAUUUUUCAUAUUUAGCAGAAACGUUUUCAAGAGAAUGUCUUCAACAGAAGAUUUAGUUUUGUUUCAUGGUGGAUGUCAUUGUGGCAAAAUACGUUUUCAAGUUUCAACUACACCUGUUGUAGAUGUCUAUAACUGCAAGUAUGUACAGUAUAAUACUGUACCACAGCUAGAAAAUCUCACACCUUGCAGGAUAUUUUUGUCAUCUUAUAUUCUAGAAUGCUAUAUAAUUUACUUAUUGUUUUGAAAAACUUUAAGUGGCAAUGCGCCCUUUUUUAUUACUUUACUCCGUCUAACACCAAUUAUCUUCGUAGCUGUAGCAUUUGUAGAAAGAAACAGAACUUGCAUUUUGUGGUUCCAGAUGAUUCCUUCAAACUCCUUCAGGUAAAAAAUAGUAAAUGUAUGUAUUCUUCAAAAUCUACAAACUUUUGCCAAAAACGGACCUCGGAAUUGAACUUUUGAUGUUCAAAUUAGUCUGUACCGAUUACCGAAAAUUUCGUGUUGUUUGGACAUUUUUCGAACUUUUUGUAUUUUUUACAACCCCCUGCCCACAACUCCGAAAAAAGAAGGGACCCCCUCUCCUAGGUCUAAGAUAAGCUGAACAUGUAUGACCCCCUUAGCAUUUUUCCUACUCUGCCUUAGUAUAUAUAAUGAACAGUUCUUUAUUGAAGUCUUUCCUCCCUAGGGCGAGGACAACUUGACAUGCUACACGUUCAAUCAACACAAAGCCAAACAUCUCUUUUGCAAGACCUGUGGUGUCCAAAGUUUUUACAAGCCUCGCUCGAACCCAAAUGGCUACGGAGUAAUGCCACAUUGUAUUGAUGAAGAUGGCCCUGUUUUGGAAACAAAUGUGAAAUAUUUUGAUGGGAAAAACUGGGAGAAGUCAAUUGUUAAUAGUGACAUUCUUGCUAAAUCAGAGAAACGUUGAAAUGACCGCACGUAUCAUUCAGAUAAUGGAUCACUUCAACUUUAAUCACAGUCAUUAGUUUUUAGUCAACUCAUUGAAAAGAAUAUAACUUGAACGCUACCUUCAGAUAAACUGCCAAAUUCUGACCCAGACACGCAUGUGCAGUUCAAUGAUUCAACUUCAUCUCCAUGUAGAAUAUUAAUUAAUUAAUUAAUUAAUAUAAAUUUAGACCGACUCUGGAAUUUUAUACUCUUUAUUUUUACUUCAAAAACUUAAUAUUUAUUCAGAAUAGCACGUUUAGUUGUAUUGUAGACGAUUUGUGAUAUGUAACCCAGAUUCUCUUGUUAAGAGAUGGUUUAUUAUAUUAUUCCCUAGAUCACAUAAAGCGGUAUCUUUGAAGUGAAAAAUAGGCUUUGCUGGGCGUUAUAACAUGUACGAGUGGAAUGCUGAAGCAAAACUAGGAUUAAAAAGGCAUUUUAGUGAAUUAAUUUAAUAUAUAUAUUAAUACUGUAAUCUCAGUACAAUAGAAUGCUAUCUAAUUUUUAGGAAGAUAUUUAUCUUCGGCUUGAGUGAGUUCGCCAUCGCCUUGUAAACGGAAGAUUUCUUUUACGGUUGCAAUCUAAACCAACAUAAACAUGAAUAAAACAAUUGAAGC